CUCGCACUGUGCGCACUGCCGGGGCGGGCGCUGCUGCGCCCUGUGCACGGCGGGUCUCGGCGCUCGGCUGCCCACCCCGUCCCGGGGCAGAAAUGGGACUUGCCUGCGGGCUGUGAAGGAGACCGUCCCCCGCCGCCGAGCGACCAGCGAGACAAUAGCUUUUAUGGCUUAGGAAAGUAGCUGAAGCUGAAAAUCCAGUGCAAAUAAAAGUAAACGUGUUCCUUGACAUGAACAAUUGGAACAAACUACUUCCCAUGGUGUGCAAGCUAUGCUUCCAGUUAAAAUGAGAUCUCGAAAAGACAGAAAAAUGAAAACCCACCCAGCCAUUGUUUUCCUCCUCCUCUUCGUCAUCAGUUAUGGCUCUUCUGAAAACUCAAGCACGUCCAGAGGGUGUGGACUGGAUCUUCUCCCCCAGUAUAUUUAUCUGUGUGACCUGGAUGCUAUUUGGGGAAUAGUAGUGGAGGCAGUUGCUGGAGCAGGAGUGCUGACGACAUUGCUGUUGAUGCUGAUUUUGCUAGUGAGGUUGCCAUUCAUCAAGGACAAAGAGAAGAAGAGCUCAUUGGGAAUGCAUUUCCUCUUUCUCUUUGGGACACUAGGACUGUUUGGGCUGACUUUUGCAUUCAUCAUACAGGAAGAUGAAACAGUAUGUUCCACUCGAAGGUUUCUGUGGGGCGUUAUCUUUGCGUUGUGCUUCUCCUGUUUGCUAGCUCAAGCCUGGAGAUUACGUAGACUAGUUCGACAUGGUAAAAGUCCAUCUGGCUGGCAUCUAGCUGGCAUGGCAAUCUGUCUUAUGCUGGUCCAGGUCAUUAUUGCAACGGAGUGGCUAAUACUGACAGUUGUGAGAGAUAAGAAGCUGGCCUGCAAUUAUGAGCCAGUGGAUUUUGUUAUGGCUUUGAUUUAUAUUAUGUUCUUGAUGAUGGUUACCAUGGGAGUCUCUCUGUUCACCCUGUGUGGAAAGUUUAAGAAGUGGAAGAAAAAUGGAGGAUGCCUCAUUAUAACAAUUUUUUUCUCAAUUCUGAUUUGGGUAGCUUGGAUAACUAUGUAUCUGUUUGGCAAUACUGAACUGAGGAAAAAAGACAAAUGGAAUGACCCCACUCUUGCCAUUGCACUGGUGUCCAGUGGUUGGGUGUUCGUUAUUUUUCACGCUAUCCCAGAAGUUCAUUGCACCAUUCUUCCAUCACAGCAAGAAAACACACCCAAUUAUUUUGAUACUUCACAACCAAGAAUGCGUGAAACUGCUUUUGAGGAAGAUAUACAACUUCCUCGGAGCUACAUGGAAAACAAAGCCUUUUCAAUGGAUGAACAUAAUGCAGCUUUAAGAACGGCAGGAUUUCGCAAUGGCAGCUUGGGAAGCCGACCUAGUGCUCCGUUUAGAAGCAAUGUUUAUCAGCCAACUGAGAUGGCAGUUGUGCUCAAUGGUGGGACUAUACCAACUGCUCCGCCAAGUUACACUGGAAGACACCUCUGGUGAAAGGCUAUAGGUUCUAGAGAUAAGAAUCUUUGUUACAAAUGUUAUUCCCUGGCAGUGUGUCUUUCUAAGGGAGGAAUCAAUAAUACCACAGCAAAGCAGCCAGACAUCCAGGAGCUUUGGAAUCCUUGAGAGGAUUUUAUGUAAAUGUGAAUACUGUUAAACUGAUGAGCUAAUCACAAAAACAAAACUCUGCAAAAUUCAAGAUUAAUUUAAAAUAGAAAUAGGCACACUUUGAAAUGGAAGAGAGGACACUGAGCAUUCUUAAAUGUGAGAUAUAACCUGUCUGUAACUAGUGUGCGAGGCAAGCCUGAUUUUGGUUGGUUUCCAGCUGUUUGCAAAAGAAACAACCCCCUCUCCCACCCCAGCUGUCCCGUACCAACUUAAUCCAUGCUGCCAUAAGAGAUUGCCACUACAGUGUGAACGUAUGCAGGGUUUCUUCCUACUUUUUUUUUUUCUCUCUCUUCGGUUCAAGUGUCUUGAAGUGUCUUGGUUGCUCCAUUAUCCAUCUCUGUGUAAAGGUCAUCUAGGGUCAAGCAUCAUCAGUCUCUGGCAACUAAAUUACCAUUUCUCAACAAUGAGACGGGGAAAUAAGUAUCCGAUUUGGUUUUGGUGAAAGGAAAUGACUGUGUAUGCUUCAUGCAACUUUGUCAAGCAACAUUUAUGAAGAGUGAAGGUAGAGGCAGAUUACCUCAGCAAUGUAGAAUCAGACACUGCAGUUCAAGGUGCCCUGUUGAUGCAGUCUCACUCCAGAGUACAGACAAACAACCACAUGUUCUCAAACCCUUGAGAAUUUUUUUUACGCAUGUACACUUGGGGACACUAAGUCAAAUUAUGGAGGGACAAGCUUCAGCAAAGGCUUUUAGCUGAGGGGAGAAUGUGGCUUGGGGUUGCCAAAAGGAGUCCCAUAGGACGAUGGAUUAAAGGAAACCUACUGUAUUACAAAGAACUUAGUUUGUGUUCUGAUGGCUGAUCCUGUAAGGUGCCAAGCAAAAACUCAAAGGGAUAGGAAGGUAUUCAUCACCUUCCAGGAGGAGCUUGGUAACUUGCGGGAUUGGACCCUCUCUUCCUACUGUUGGAACUGGUGCUGAAACCCCUGAUCAUGGGAGUAGCCCUAUUGACUGGAAUUGUUUGUGCAUCUUAAUGUAUUUGUGUCUUUUAAUGCAUAGCUAGUAGUCUCUCCACUCUGGAGGUUCAGGGUUUUGUGUGUUUUGGAGUUGGGAUAAGGUAGACUCUUUACCAAGGCUUAUCUAGGCUAUGUAACAAGUUCUUACUGCCCAUUAUUCUUGCCAUGGUUUUCGUUACUUUAAAGCCAAUCAUUCCUUUAUUAUUUAGCAUUUAAUACAUAUCAAACAUUGAAAGCAUCAUUGUAUCCUCAUUAUUUGGUCAACAUUACUCCUAGCUUUCCUAGAUACUAAAAGCAACUGUUUUUACAUGAGGGUGUGGGUUAUGUAUAAGGGUAAAAUUUUGCAUAUGUUGUAAUAAAUAUAUAUAUAUAUAUUCUAUUUUCAAAUGAAAAAUAAAAUAUACAAAGAAAACUGAAUAGCUCAGUAGCUUCACAGAAGGACACUAUUUGCUGCAUACUGCAAAAAGAAAAAUAAGUUGUUUUAUUUUUUUUAAAAGGCUCCCUGUUUCUUCAUGUACCUCAUUUCUACGUAAACAGACCUAAUCCUGUAGCCUUAUACUCACAUGAAUAGGCCCUAUUGACAUCAGUCGGUCUACUCACAGGUGUAAGGGCUGCAGGAUCAGACCCUAAGCAUUACACACAAGAUAUAUUUUGCCAUUCUUGCCAUGAUCACCUUAUAGGGUUUUAUUUCUAACAGCCCUUCUGGUUCAGGAACCAUACUUUUCUGUCAUGCAUGAUUAAAGGAACAUGUUAGAUCCAUGUCUGAUGUUCCCAAUAAAGGCAAAAAUGGAAGCAUGUGCUUGCUUUUAAGGAAAAAAAAAAUGGUUUUAGUCUCCUGUUUAGUUAACUAUAUUACUCAGUUUCUUAGACAGACUAGAGGUGGAUAUUGCAUGCUAUCCAGUAAUCUAGAAGUACCUCUAGCUGUUAAAGUCGUGAUCAGAUAAAAUGAUAUUUUUGAUAAUUAAUGGUUACUAUCCCAGAAACUGCAUAAUUUGGAGUAAUAUAAAACCUAGUGGUGAUGUGUAUCUGCAAAAGUUUCAUUUUAAAUCUUCAAUUUAAAAAAUGUUAAAUUAUCUGAAAAAGUUCUUUAUUGUAAAAAUGUAUAAGAUGACCAUGGCAUAAAUGGGAGGGCAGCUUUCUUUUAAGAGAUUUAUCAUGCUACAGCUGAGAAGUAUACAUUCAGUACUAUACACAUUUUAUAAAACCUUGGAUAAAUUUUUUCCAGGAUAAUUAUUUUGUAAACAUUUGCGUGGUGUUCAGUUUUCUAGAUGGGACUGGAUUAACAAAGUAAGGGCCUAGUCCUGCUCCAUAGGAAGUCAGUAGGAGUUUGAGGCCCUAAGCGCAGACCAUGCCAGAUCCUGCAAACCUUUGCUCAUGUAAUUAGUCUAGGGUUGCCAAGCCUCCAGGAUUGGCCUGGAGUCUCCCGGAAUUGACAUCAAUCUCCAGGUGAAUAUUGAAAGCAAUCCAGGAGCUUUUAAAAGGAUAUUUUAAGAAAAUGACAUUACAGUGGAGAGUGGGGGGUGAGGAGGAGGAGGAAGGAAAUCUGGAAUAGCUUCAGUCAGAGUUGGCAACCUUAAAUUAGGCUUUGUCUACACUACCAAGUUUUGUUGACAAAACAAAUCGCCAAAGAGUGUUCACACUUGCUCCCUCUGUUGACAGAUCAUGUCCACAUUGUGGGCACCAUCAUCAACAGCGUGAGCAAUGCACUGUGGGUAUGUAUCCCACAGUGCAGUGUUGUGGAAAGGUGGAGCUGAUUGCUGCACAUCAUGGGAGGAUUCCCUCUGAGUUCUCCCUCAGCAGCUGGGAGCGGCAUCGUGAGUAGCUCUGUGAGCUCUCCAUGCUGAGGAAUGUCAAAGCAAUGCAGCAGUCUCUCCUCUUCCCCUCCCUGCAACAGUGACUGCCUGCUCCUGUGUUCCUAGUGCAGGGCAGAACGGGCAUAUUCCGAUGAUUUGCUCUUUGUUCCUCACAGGGAGCAGCACACUUCCCACAACUUUGAAAGUGAAGAGGCGCAUGCUUGCAGGGCAGCAGAGAUCAAAACACUGAGCAGAACGAUCAGGGCAGGCAUUGUGGGAUACUGGUGGAUGCCAGUUCUGCCAACAAAACAAACAGCAGUUUCUACACUGGCUCUUCGUCAACAAUAAAGGGAGGGGAAAGGAAAAACCUCUCUCUCUUAGGGAUGGAAGCUUUUUGUCACCAAAACGGGGAGUAUUUCCCAAAAAAAAGGUCGCAUUGCAGUGUGUACGCUCUCUCUGUUUUGUUGCCUAAAUGCAGUUUUUGGCAACAAAACUUGGUAGUGUAGACAAAGCCUCAGUUCCAUUGAAUGGUCAUGUGAGUUAGGACUGUUCACAUUAGUAAUAGCAUGCAGGAUUGGGUCUGCAAUUUGGAGUGGCGGAGGUGUGUUAAUUGAUUAGAAGAAGAAGUUUAUUCAUUUUCCAAUUCACACAACUAGAAUAAGCAACUUAUUUUUGCCAUUUGAUAGUCUAAUGCCAAAUAAUGUGUGACUGAAGGCACCUUUGUGUUAAUUUAUUUUUAUUAAUGUAAACAAGUUGUUUACUUCUGCCUUUUAGAAUGUAGAGCAUCUGUGAUCAAAGUACUACACAACUGUAAACAAAUCUUUCAGGAUUGUUAUAAAUUAGCUUUUAUACUAUCAAAGCUACUAUGUUGUCCCUUUUAAAAUUAAUAACGGUUAUUUCCUUCUGGCCUCUCACCUAUACAGAAAAAUGAAAUCCUAAAACAUUUUAAAACUUUGUUACAGAAAACAUUUCUGUAGGAAGUGGCUUCUAUUCAAUGGCCAGAAAGCAGUUCACAGCCAUACAUUAAGACCCAGUCUUACCUGGGGUGGGAGUUGAAGGUGCUUACCACCUCCCAAGAGAAGUAUCGCACCUUAUAGGAUGGAGCUCUAAGUGCACACAGUUGUUUCUAUAAAUAAGGUAGAUGUCAACUGUUGCAGAGCUAGCUAGUUUGUAUUUAGUAUCAGACAGGUGUCAUGGUUGGCUAUGUUUGAGUUUGAUGCCUUGGGUCUAACCAAAGGCUGUGCAAGAGGGAGCACUGUAACUUUUAUAAUUAAACAAUUGGACUAUUCUACCAGCUUACAAGAUUACCCAGCAGGUGCUUUUUAUUAAUUGAGGAGAGCUAAUGCUCAUUUUUGAUAGAUUAUAUAUUUAUUAAAUGUAUUAAUGUGUGUUUUAUAACGUACCUUUUUUCCCGCUGGUUGUUGCAUACGGAUAUCUUAAGUACACCUCUGAAGGAUUUUCAAGACAAUCAAUGUGUACCAUAAUGACUGUAUAUAAGUAUACAAAAUUAAAAAGGUUGUAAAGCAUGGGCAAAUGUUUUAUUUUCAAAAUACUGUUCUUAACAAAAAAUAAAGGCAUUACUAUUUA